AUGGAGGAGGAAAAAGUCAAAUACCUUGGCGCCGAGAAAAAUGCGGCCUUGCCUCUUCCGCCGGCGAUGGCGGGGCGAGCGCGGAGUGGACGAGGACUCCAGGCGGCGGCGCCCGGGAAAAGGGGCGCGGCCCUACCUGGAGACUCUCCUCGGCGGCGGCUCGCGAUCCAGCCUCCUCACCUUCCAGUUCGCCACCUCGUGUCCCCGCGAGUGAAUACAGGUCUCCAGGCGGCGGCGGCGGCGGCUCCCUACGGCGUCCUCUCCGGCAUCCCUCGCGCGAGUCUGGAUGAUGUUCCCAUUCAUUCCGUGAGCACUUACUCGGCGCUUCCUAACCUGCCGGCCCCGGGGUUGUCGAGACGAAUCAGAUACCACCUUUUGGCCCUGUGCCCGUUGCAGGAAGAGGGCCAGGAGCCAAGGAACGCACGAGGCCUCUUCAGGCUUGAAAAGGGUCCCAGAGAGUCUCCCGACGAAAGCAGCUCUGUUGACUUUAGCCCGUUUUGGACUUCUAACCCUCUAGAACUGGUCAUCAGCAGGCAGCCUGCCAAUCAAAACUCAUCCAUCUUCCUCUCAAGUAUUUCAACAGGGAGUCCCUCCCUUGGGCGGAACCCCAGGUAUUCUUUAGCACUUCACACUCUCUCCCAUUGGCCGGCUCCAACUCCAUCAUCAUGUUACAGCGCAGGGGUGCUUUGGAUUCCUCAGCACAACUGGAUUACACAAGGCAGGCUGCUUUUGACCCAUGACUUCUUGGGUGAAGGUCCCAGGCCAGGACACCCAGGGGAACAGGCCUGCUUUCGCUGCCAGAUCCCGGCCAUCUAUCCAUGUUUCACAUGCAGAUGCUCCUCCCAUAAUCUUGGGAAACGUAAUGGUGGAACAGUCAUCUGCACUCUGUCCGAAGGUAAUAAAGGGUGUUUGAGCCCAAGCCUUUUCAUCGGCCCAAACCAAUUACAGAGAGGCAAUAUGUGGGGAUGCUCCCAGUCCAAUGGCUGGGCCAUUUACUGCUACAAUAAUAGCUUCUUCAAUGGAAUGAAAUCAUUUAUGAAGUUUCGGGUAGCUUCUGCCAUUUCAGUGCUUUCUUUUUUUCUGCAGCCGACACUGUCUCAGUUGGGUGCCUGCGUGGUCUGCACUUCCUGCUGCUGCUGCUGCUGGGGAGCUCAACAUAGAGGGGCCUCGAGCACUAAGUGCUCCCCCCUGGGGUGA